CGUGCCGGUAUGUAAAAGCAGCGCCGCGAGUCGUGUGCAUUCCCCAGACGGUAGAAAACAAGAAAAAACACACAAGACCAAGAGAGGCAGUGGAAGAAGAGAAAAAAAGCUCACCGAGUGCGAACGAGCUUUUCCCCCCUGCUGUUUACGCAUCUCGCAAGCUCGAGUUUGCAAGUUUGUGCUUUCAAGAGGGAUAGACGCGGAUCGAUGGGGAGUACAUGAGCUCGCGGAGGAGAAUAACACGAGGAUGCUGCCGCUGUUGCAAGCUCGUAGAGAGGAAUAUGGCGGAGGAGUCCUUUACUCGAUCUGCAAAUAAGAUUUAACCGUCUUUGCCUGCAGUCGUGAGCGUCAUGAAGGGCAACGAGAGCGCCAGGGUAAUUCUAUUGGUCCUACUGCGGCUGAGCAUAUGGGUCGGCCGAGUGGCAGGUCCGCAUCCCGUGCUGGGCGAGUUGACGAGCAGUGCCAGUGGUAGCAAUAGCGGCAGCGAUAGCAGCAGCAGCAGCAGCGGUAUCAGUAGCGCGGGGCCACAAACUACGCGCGAGCGCAUGGAAUUGGUGCGGCGCGUACUGAGCGAGGUGCCACUCAUCGACGGCCACAACGAUUUGCCCUGGAACAUACGCAACUUCGUGCACAAUCAGUUGGCGGAAUUCGAUUUCGAUACGGAUCUGAGACAGGUCUCGCCCUGGAGCAGGAGCGCCUGGAGCCAAACGGAUUUGCCCAGGCUCAGGCAGGGCAUGGUGGGCGGACAAUUUUGGGCGGCUUACGUGCCCUGCGAGUCUCAGCAUCUGAAUGCAGUGCAGAUGACGCUGGAACAAGUGGAUCUGAUCAAGCGCCUCAUCGAAAAGUACCCGCAGCACAUGCAAUUUGCCGCUUCCUCUCGAGAGAUACUGGAGGCGCACAACAAGGGCAGAAUAGCGUCGCUGAUUGGAGUGGAGGGCGGUCACAGUCUGGGAAGCAGUUUGGCGGUGCUGCGCACUCUCUACCAGCUGGGGGUGAGGUAUCUCACCCUCACGCACACCUGCAACACGCCCUGGGCCAAGAGCUCCAACGUCGAGCAGAACGACGAGCAAGGUGGCGGCCUCACGCCGUUCGGCAAGGCGGUGAUACGCGAGAUGAACCGUCUUGGCAUGCUGAUUGACCUGAGCCACACGGCGCGCAGGACCAUGAGAGACGCUUUGAGGACCAGCAAAGCACCCCUCAUAUUCUCGCACUCGUCGGCUUUCGCCAUCUGCAACUCUUCGAGGAACGUACCCGACGACAUACUCAAGGAGCUGGCUUCAAACGGUGGACUGGUAAUGAUUACUUUCUACAACUACUUCGUCAAGUGCGGCGAGCAGGCGACGGUGGCCGACGUCGCAGCGCACAUUUAUCACAUUAGGAAUUUAAUUGGAGUGGACCACGUCGGUGUGGGUGGCGAUUUCGACGGAAUUAACAAAACGCCUCGAGGUUUGGAGGAUGUCUCCAAGUACCCGGAGCUGUUUGCCGAGCUGCUGCGCAGCGGCGACUGGGACGUGCUCGAUUUGAAAAAGGUCGCCGGAUUGAAUUUAAUCAGGGUUCUCAGAAAGGUGGAAACUGUGAGGGACGAGCAGCGAAGCGCCGGAAUUAUGCCGUCUGAGGAGGUUCUCGACUCACCCGAUACUACCGGAAGUUGUUCUCUAGAUAUUAAUUCCAUGCAACGUAAUCUCGAACCAUAAAUCAUUAUACUUACGCGCAUACUUAAGGUGAAAACCUCUUUGAUUUCCAUCGACAUUGUCCACUCCGGUUAUUUGCAGACUCACUGAUCUUCGUUCAUCCUUCGUUUUAUAAAUUUUUGUAUAAAUACAUCCCAACGAUAAACUAUCAAGUAUGAGUAAUCAGUGUUGAUGAAAAUUAAAUUCUCAAAGUGCGUGGGUCCUAUAUGUGUAUAUAAUAUACUUGUUACUUUGAACUUUCAUCUUAUUAUUUGUCGAUUAUUGCUGGAUUUGAAUUUCACCUAGGGAAAAAGACAAAGAUUCGAUGAAAAAGGAGUCAUAACAAUCAAACGUAAUUAGAUUUAUUAAUGUAAAUAAGCGAAAGGUAAACAAUAGAAAAAUUCUAGCCCAUUCGAAAAUUUCAUAACUCGAUGUAAAAAAGUGUACAUAUUAAUUAGGCCAAUUUUAUUUUAGAAAAUAAAAAAAAACCGAGGGAUUUUUUCUUUUUCUCAACGACCACGACGGAAGCAGAAGCGAGAGCUGCUGCAUACCUUUGUUCGUAUGUACAAGGGUGCAGGGUUUGUGUGUGCACGAGCGUAUGUAUAGGAAUGUCGCGGUAAACGCGCGCGCGGCAAGAGGGUUGGCAAAAUCGAUAAGUGACGCUAGGACGAAAACACACAACGACAAAGUGCUGUAUAUAUAUUCGGCUACGAAUGCUCUGUUACUUUUUUUUCUCUCCUGCGCCGCUGCAAUUAUUAUUACGAACGACUGAAGCCGUCUGCGAAGAUAGACGUGUACGCCUAAUACGCAUUAUCGACGUUCGGCCGAGGUAAAGUCCGUAUGAGUAUGAGCGGCGCUGCUGUAAGUCGCUAAUUACUUCGUCAAUUAUCGGAUCGUCGGGCGAGGGUAUCUUAGCCUCGGGCGAUUAAUUAGCAAUAUUCUUCUCUUUUUCUGUCCGGCAUUUGCUGAAUGAAAUGGAUAUUUUUUAAUUAAAAAUUCACCGGUGCGUUUCUGAAUUGCGAGCGACAGUUUGUAUAGCCCACCCACCUUCGUUUUGUAUAAUACACGGUUGUUAACGAUUUUUAUAAAUUUCACCUCGUUACAAUGCAAGUACUGCUUUGGCCAUCGUCGAUUUGGAGUUUUAUCAUGAUUUUCAAUCAUCACAGAGAACUGAAUUGUACCUAUAUUAAUGAUAAACAAAAAAUUGUGUAUACAAAUAUAUCUCGAAUGUCUUCCUUUUUCCAUCGCACAGUCAUUUUAUCACGUAAUGGCGAUUUUAGGAAUUUUUUAAAUGUAUUUACGAAAAACUGCCAAUGUAAAUUUCUGAAUGCACAACUUUGUAUAAAAAGGCGAUGUAUACUUAGAAGAUAUUGUACUUACAUGUAUGUGUGUACACUUGGUGUAACAUUUUAACUGCGUUCGAUUGAGCAAAAUCAACAAAAACUACUGAUGUAACCGUUUGAAUGAGCUGAACGGGUAAUGAAAUAUAUAAGAAAAUCCUGCACGUAAAAUCAUUUUAUGUUCUAUAAAAACAGAAUAAAAUUAUAAGAAAAAGAAAAAAAACAAAAACUGACCAUCAAAAUGUUGUUGAGGCCAAAAAGGCAAGGUUCGCUGAGCCACGUACACGCGUCUAAUAAACAAUCACUUGUUUUUAAUCAUUUCUUUUUGUCUAACGUAUUAUAUGUGUGUGGAAAAAAGUAAUUUUAUCGUAUAUUUACAACUGUAAACUGUGAACUCGUCAUAAUAAAUGUUUCUAUUGCAUA